GUACCAUGUUGUGCUGUGGAAUAAAGUCGAAAAAUAUGCAGCGUGUUACCCAUUGAAAAUAUUCGUAGUCAUAGCUACGCAUGGCUACGUAGUUCAACAGGCACGUUUUAUACACAUCGAGGCGCUAGGCGCUUAAGCCACAGUGAGCCAUAACCCACAGCUCGUAAAAGUUCUUUGACAGUAUACGAUUUAAGGUUAUCUACACAUCAAAGUGAUCACAAGUUUGCAUUGUUUUUUUUUUAUUUUAAAAUUAUGUUAUAUUAUUGUCACAUGACGUAGAAGCUGUCAACAAUAUUUCAACAGAUUGUGAUUAUCUGUAAAUAAUGCGGCUAUAUUUCCCGAUUAUUAGGAAAUUAUUGCUUUCUAUACCAAGUGAUAUUGAAAUACACGUUUAUAGUAUCGUUGUACUCUUUGGAAUAAUAAUAAUAUAGAUAUACUUGGGUCAUCAAAUACGAAAAAAUGGCACUUGUCAACAUCGAAGGAAUCGAUCCUUGGCUCACGGAAUAUGACGCAUGCGAGAAGUUGUUCCGUGAGAUUAUGGAACAGCUGACUAUGCGUGAUGGAGAACCAAAGACGUCAAAAGUUUACGCCAGUUUGUCAGCUAAUAUAAGAUUGCGUAUGAAGCAGUACACACGUGAAGUCCAGCAAUUAAAAUGUAAGGUGGAAGAAGCUUCUAAAUUAAAAACAAUAACAUUUGAGGAAGCUGAACGUAGAACGAGGCAAGUGGAACAGUUGCAAAGCAAGGAUAUUCAGUUACAAAAAUUAUACGAUCCACGUACAAAUGAUUACGUAUCAUCACGCGCCACUCUAUUAAGGGCAGGUUCAUCGGCUUUCGCAGAUGGUGGCACAACUUCUUGGGCUGCUGAUGAUGAUGAUGAUGACAAACCAUUAGAUGUACAAGUAUCUGUUAAUGAUCUUAUGAGUUAUCAAGAUCGAGCUUUGAUAGAACAAGACAAAGGCUUGGAAGAAUUAUGUAAAGUGAUAGCUCGCCAAAAAGAAAUUGGACAAACGAUUAGUGGUGAAGUGGAUCACCAAAACGAAAUAAUUGAUGAUCUGGCUGAUCAUAUGGAUAGAACCGAUGAAUCUUUGAUCAACAAAACUCAACAGGUUCGUAAUAUCCAUUCCAAAGACCGCACAUGUGGUUAUUGGGUAGUGAUACUUAUACUUUUUAUUGCUAUUGUUGUUAUUUCUUUCGUAUAGUGAAUAAUGUUAUUUUAAUUUUAUCAUUAACUGUCUAUAUAUAAACUGCACAAAUAUUGCAUUAAAGUAUUUACAAAUAAUUAAUAUAAAUAUAUUAAUAUGUAAUAUUAAUUACAAAGUAAUAAUUUUUUAUCUGUUUAUCUAAGAUCAUCAUUUAAUCCCUUGCCUUAUAAUAUUGUGUGAAAUUUAUAAUAUGGAUACAAAGAUAUUACAGAUCAAAUACGUAAUAUGAACACGAGUCAGAUUAUGACAAAUAUUACAGACUAAAAUAUAAGAAUUAUUACUCUUCUCUAUUAUACGCCUCUUGUAUUUUUUUUUACUUUUCUGUUGUAUAUUUUUUUUUGUUCUAUUGCAUUAUAAAGUUCAUUUAAAAAUAUAUACAUUUACAAAAAAUAACUUAUUUAUUAUUGUUGAAUAUUUUAAUAUUUUAUAAAACAAUUCAUAUUUAAAAAUUUUUUUAUCAUAUCGUUAAUUGUCAAACCAUCAGUAAAGAAAAAUUGAGCAUAUUAUUAGAUCUUUGUCCUGGAGCGACUUUCUUCCCAAGUAUAAUACAUGCAAUCACAAAUUAAAUCGUAAGGCAAGGAGUUAAUAUGAUUUAGGAAAUUAAUAUUAUGUAUAUAAUGUAUAUAUAAAGGAAAUCUUAAUAUUUACUAUUUAUUAAUUUUAAAAAUUUAUUCUGUAAUAAGUUGCAUAUUCAGUAUCUAUUUUUAUAUGUAUAUGUAUACUGAGGUACUGUUAUUUUAAUUAUGUAAAAUUUUAUUCAAUUAAAAUAAAUUCAAUUAGCAUUGAGAAUAAUAUUGUCUGUAAAAGCAAAUAUUUCUACAAUUUUAAGAAUAAGAAAGAAAAACUUGUUAAAUAGUGGAAGUGGGAAAUAAAAGGAUUGAUACAAUCAGA